GUAACCUAGACUGGUACAUCUAACCUCAAUUUUUUUGGUAUUUUAAGCAAAAUUCUUUGUGAACAUGAGUUUAUCACAACGUUUACUCACUUUAAAUAUUAAUCACGCAAGACGAAUAUUGUGCAUAAGGCACGUCUCAACAUCAAAACCGAAGCAAGAAACUGCUUUAGUAAGUGAUGAAAAAAAGUCUUCCGAGGUACUUGCAAAAAUAAGUAGCAACUGGAUUAGUUACGGCUUCGAUAGCAAGGAUGAGAAAUGGGAUCGUACCGUGAUGCAUUUGUCUAUGUUCGGCGGUAUCACGCUAGGAUUGGUUUUAGUAGCUUACGGCUUUAUGUACGCUCCUGAUGUUAAUUUAAAGCAUUGGGCUCAGCGUGAGGCUUUUCUUGAGUUAAGGCGUCGCGAGGCUAAAGGUUUAAAACCAAUUGAUCCCAAUUUGGUAGACCCAUCUCUUGUUAUACUACCUAGUGAUGAAGAGCUAGGCAAUACAGAAGUGAUCAUAUAAACGUCUGUACUAUACAUAAAAUGUUAGUUUAAAUAAAUAAAAAUUGCUAUGUAUUUAGCUUUUGAACAGAAUUACAAACAUAUUGUACAUAAAUCAUGAUUGAGUGUAAUAAAAAGCAAAGAAACGGUCAACUAAU